AAAGAGUUGUGCAAAAAGUGAGAAGAACAAAAGUUUAAAAAAUUAAUUAUAGCCUAUCGUAGACAGUUUUACGAUGGGCGAUUCAUUAGAAACUAUCGAUCAAUCGAUAGAUAAUCAACAGCAAAACAUCUCAAUCGUGGAUUAUAAAGCAUUCUCGAAUUAUUUGCGAAAAUGUGUAAAUCUGUUUUUUGAUGACGAAGAAUUUAAUUCUUCAAAGUUGGAAGAGGCUUUAGACGAGAAUAAAGCUAAUCAGGAAUGCAUUAAAAAGUUCCUUUCUGAUCCACAAGUUCAGACUUUGUACAUCCAGAAGUCAUCUAAUAAAGAGGAUGAUCAGUCGCAAGAAGGCGAGGAAGAAAAGGAAUCUUCUCAAUAUUACAUCAGUAAUGAAGUCCAUUUUACUAAUCCUCGAUAUCAGUCGCUUGUGUGCCUCAAGAGAGCAGCAGUAAUUGAAGCAGAAAAGUCUAUUCAUUCUCAAUUACGCUUGAUUAAUUUCUCGGAAGGAUCUCCGUAUGAGACACUUCAUUCAUUCAUCAGUAAGACACUUUCUCCUUACUUUAAGAGCUAUGUUAAGGAGUCAGGAAGAGCUGAUCGUGAUGGAGAUAAAAUGGCACCUUCUGUUGAGAAGAAAUUGGCUGAAUUGGAAAUGGGAUUGUUACAUCUACAACAAAAUAUUGAUAUUCCUGAAAUAACUUUACCAAUUCAUCAAGUUGUUCAAUCUACAAUCAAGAGAUGUGCUGAUGAAGGACGAAAGGCAAAAGUUGGUGAUUUUGGUGAUAAAGUUGAUGAUUCUUCAUUCUUAAAUCAACUUCAAAACGGUGUUAAUCGUUGGAUUAAGGAGAUUCAAAAAGUUACUAAACUAGAUCGUGAUCCAUCAUCAGGAACUGCUUUGCAGGAAAUAUCAUUUUGGCUUAAUUUAGAAAGAGCAUUAUAUCGUAUUCAAGAAAAACGUGAAUCCUUAGAAGUUGCAUUAACUUUGGACAUUCUAAAGCACGGCAAACGCUUUCAUGCAACUGUUUCAUUCGAUACUGACACUGGCUUGAAACAAGCUUUAGCUAUGGUUGCUGACUAUAAUCCACUUAUGAAAGAUUUCCCCAUCAAUGAUCUUUUAUCAGCAACUGAAUUAGAUCGCAUUCGUUCGACUGUUCAAUUAAUUUUUGGACAUCUCCGCAAGAUUCGUAAUACGAAAUAUCCAAUUCAACGUGCAUUGCGUUUGAUUGAGGCAAUUUCUAGAGAUCUGAGUACUCAAUUAUUAAAAGUUUUGGGAACUAGACGUUUGAUGCAUAUUCCAUUUGAUGAAUUUGAACGUGUUAUGAAUCAAUGCUUUGAAAUUUUCUGUUGCUGGGACGAUGAAUAUGAGAAGCUUCAAGGACUUUUGAGAGACAUUGUUAAAAAGAAGCGUGAUGAACAUCUGAAAAUGGUUUGGCGUGUAAAUCCAGCUCAUAAGAAAUUACAACAACGCAUGGAACAUAUGAGAAAGUUUCGUCGUCAACAUGAACAACUUAGAACUGUCAUUGUUCGAGUUUUGCGUCCAGCACGUCAACAAGCUAUUGCAGAAAUUCCAAUUGAAAGCAAACAAGCAUCUUUGGAACCAUCUGAUGCUAAUCCAAUUGAGGAAGUUAAUUUAGCUUACGAAAAUGUCAAAGAAGUCGACUGUUUAGACAUUUCUAAAGAAGGAUCUGAAGCCUACGAUGCGGCUGUCAAACGAUAUGAGGAUAGAAUUGAUCGAGUCGAAACUCGCAUAACAGCUCACUUACGUGAUCAAUUAGGAACAGCAAAGAAUGCAAACGAAAUGUUCAGAAUCUUUUCAAGAUUUAAUGCUCUUUUCGUUCGUCCACACAUUCGUGGUGCUAUUCGUGAAUAUCAAACACAGUUGAUUCAGCGUGUAAAGGAUGAUAUUGAGGCAUUGCAUGAAAAAUUCAAGGUCCAAUAUCCUCAAAGCAAAAGCUGUCAUUUAUCUGUAGUUCGUGAUUUACCACCUGUUGCUGGAUCUAUAAUAUGGGCUCGUCAAAUAGACAAUCAAUUGACGAUGUACUUGAAACGUGUUGAGGAUGUUUUAGGAAAAGGAUGGGAAUCGCAUAUUGAAGGACAGAAAUUGAAAGCUGAUGGAGAUAGCUUCCGUGCUAAAUUGUCAACUAAUGAAUUAUUCCAUGAUUGGGCUCGUAAAGUUCAGGAAAGAAAUUAUGGAAUAACUGGUCGCAUAUUCCUCAUCGAGACUGCAAGAUCACGAAUGAGAAGUGGAAAUACUUUAAAGCUGAAAGUAAACUUUUUGCCGGAAAUCAUCACAUUGUAUAAGGAAGUGCGAAAUCUAAAGAGCUUGGGUUUCAGAGUUCCAUUGGCUAUUGUCAACAAGGCACAUCAAGCAAAUCAAAUCUAUCCGUUUGCUAUUUCACUAAUUGAAAGUGUCCGAACUUACGAAAGAACAUUAGACAAGAUCGAAGAUCGUGCUAGCAUUGUUCCAUUAGUAGCUCAACUUCGCAAAGACGUCUUAAAUCUCGUCUCGGAAGGAAUUGCUUUGGUUUGGGAAAGUUAUAAACUUGAUACAUAUGUCCAACGAUUGUCUGAAGCAGUUACAACAUUCCAAGAAAAAGUUGAAGAUUUAUUGGUUGUUGAGGAACAAUUGGAUGUCGAUGUUAGAUCUUUGGAAACAUGUCCUUAUUCUGCAGCUACAUUUGCAGACAUUUUAUCAAAGAUCCAACAUGCUGUCGAUGAACUUAGCUUGAGACAAUACUCAAAUUUGCAUAUUUGGGUUCAACGCUUAGACGAAGAAGUUGAGAAGAAAUUAGCUGCUCGCUUGCAGGCUGGAAUUCAAGCAUGGACUGAUGCUUUAGCUGGACAUAAGAAGGAUGUAGAUUUAUCUAUGGAUACUGAUGCACCAGCACAGCCAACAAUCAAAUCUGGCGGAGAUCCACAAAUUCACAAUGCAAUUCAUGAGAUCAGAAUUACGAAUCAACAAAUGUAUCUAUUUCCAUCGAUUGAAGAAGCUCGCUUCCAAAUUAUGCAGCAACUUUUCGCAUGGCAAGCAAUAGUUACAUCUCAAACUCGCUUGCAGAGUUCACGUUAUCAAGUUGGGCUUGAUAAACCAGUUUCUCAGACUUAUAGAAAUUUGUUGACAAAACUACCAGCUGGAUCUGAGCCAUUAGAAUCAGGUUAUGAUGCAAUUGAAAGCAAAAUGACUGAAGUUCGUGCUUAUGUUGAUGAAUGGCUUCGUUAUCAAUCAUUGUGGGAUCUACAAAGCGAUAUGUUGUAUGGACGAUUGGGUGAAGAUAUUAAUUUGUGGAUUAAAUGUUUGAAUGACAUUAAGAAAUCAAGAACAACAUUUGAUACAAGCGAUACUCGUCGUGCUUAUGGACCAAUCAUUAUUGAUUAUGCAAAAGUUCAAGCUAAAGUUACAUUAAAAUAUGAUUCAUGGCAUAAGGAAGCAUUAAGUAAGUUUGGAUCAUUAUUGAGCAAUGAAAUGGGCACUUUCCAUUCAAAAGUAUCAAAAUCUCGUACCGAUUUGGAACAACAAUCUAUUGAAGCUGCCAGCACAUCUGAUGCAGUUACAUUUAUUACAUACGUUCAGUCUUUGAAGAAGGAAAUGCUUGUUUGGGAUAAGCAAGUUGAAGUUUAUCGUGAGGCUCAACGUAUUUUAGAACGUCAAAGAUUCCAAUUCCCAACCAAUUGGCUUCAUGUUGAUAAUAUCGAAGGCGAAUGGUCAGCAUUUAAUGAAAUUAUGAAACGCAAAGAUUCAGCUAUUCAGACGCAAGUUGCAAGUCUUCAAUCUAAGAUUGUUGCUGAAGAUAAGGCAGUGGAAUCGCGUACAGUUGAUUUCUUAAAUGAUUGGGAGAAGAAUAAGCCAACAGCAGGACGUACAAGACCAGAUGAUGCAUUACAACAAUUGCAUAUUUUUGAAUCUAAAUUCUCACGUUUAAAAGAAGAACGAGAUAAUGUCGCAAAGGCAAAAGAAGCCCUUGAAUUACAAGAAUCAGCUAUUCCAAAUAAUAGCUCUGAAAGAAUGAGUGUUGUACUCGAAGAGCUACAAGAUUUGAGAGGAGUUUGGAGUGAAUUGGCAAAGAUUUGGGCUCAAAUUGAUGAGACACGUGAAAAGCCUUGGUUAUCAGUACAGCCAAGAAAAUUGCGUCAAAGCUUAGAAGCAAUGAUGAAUCAAUUGAAGGAAUUGCCAGCUCGCUUAAGAAUGUACGAAUCAUUUGAAUAUGUCAAGAAAUUAUUGCAAAGUUACAUUAAAGUUAAUUUGCUUAUUGUUGAGCUUAAAUCGGAUGCAUUGAAGGAACGCCAUUGGAAACAAUUGACCAAGCAACUUCGUGUUAGCUGGAAUCUAUCUGAUUUGACUCUCGGACAAGUCUGGGAUGUUAAUUUAUUAAAGAAUGAAGUCAUUGUUAAGGAUAUCAUUUUGGUAGCUCAAGGAGAAAUGGCAUUAGAAGAGUUCUUGAAGCAAGUUAGAGAAUCUUGGCAAAAUUAUGAACUUGAUUUGAUUAAUUAUCAGAAUAAAUGUCGGAUUAUUCGUGGAUGGGAUGAUUUGUUCAAUAAAAUCAAGGAACAUAUUAAUUCUGUAGCGGCAAUGAAAUUAUCACCAUACUAUAAAGUCUUUGAAGAAGAAGCUAUAACAUGGGAAGAGAAAUUAAAUAGAAUUAAUUCAUUGUUUGAUGUCUGGAUUGAUGUUCAACGUCGUUGGGUCUAUUUGGAAGGCAUAUUCAGUGGAUCUGCUGAUAUUAAGACAUUAUUGCCAGUUGAAACUGGUCGGUUCCAGAGUAUUAGUUCUGAAUUUUUGGGAUUAAUGAAGAAAGUUGCAAAAUCACCAAAAGUUAUGGAUGUCUUAAAUAUUCCAGCUGUCCAAAGAAGUCUUGAACGUCUUGCUGAUUUACUUGGAAAAAUCCAGAAAGCUCUUGGUGAAUAUUUGGAAAGAGAACGUACAUCAUUCCCAAGAUUUUAUUUCGUUGGUGACGAAGAUUUAUUGGAAAUAAUUGGAAACAGCAAGAAUGUCGGUCGUCUCCAAAAACAUUUCAAGAAAAUGUUUGCUGGAAUCGCUUCUAUUCUUUUGAAUGAAGAUUCUACUGUUAUUCUCGGCAUUGCUUCUCGUGAAGGCGAGGAAGUUCAAUUUAUUCGACCAGUAUCGACUAUCGAUCAUCCAAAAAUUAAUGAAUGGCUUACAAUGGUUGAAAAAGAAAUGCGAUUCAGUUUAGCAUCCUUUUUGGCACAGGCAGUUUCGGACAUAAAACAGUUUAAGGAAGGACAAAUUGAUCCACAAAAGUUCAUGGAAUGGUGCGAUAAAUAUCAUGCACAAAUUGUGGUCUUAGCUGCACAAAUUUUAUGGUCAGAAGAUGUAGAAAGUGCAUUACAACAAGCACAAGACUCACCUGGAAAGAAUCCAUUAAAUCGUGUCCUUACAUCUGUAGAAUCAACACUUAACGUCUUGGCUGAUUCAGUUUUACAGGAACAACCUCCAUUGAGACGAAAGAAAUUGGAACAUUUGAUUAAUGAAUUUGUUCAUAAACGUACUGUUACUCGACGUUUAAUUACGGCUGGAGUUAAUAAUCCAAAAUCGUUCCAUUGGCUGACAGAAAUGAGAUUCUAUUUUGAUCCCAGACAAACGGAAGUGCUUGAACAAUUAACGAUUCAUAUGGCAAACGCAAGAUUCUUUUAUGGUUUCGAGUAUUUGGGUGUUCAAGAUCGUUUAGUUCAGACUCCACUUACUGAUCGCUGUUAUUUAACUAUGACACAAGCUUUGGAAGCUCGUCUUGGAGGAUCACCUUUCGGACCUGCUGGAACUGGAAAAACUGAGAGUGUGAAAGCUCUCGGAAACCAACUUGGAAGAUUUGUACUGGUAUUUAAUUGCGACGAGACAUUCGAUUUCCAAGCUAUGGGAAGAAUUUUUGUGGGUUUGUGUCAAGUUGGUGCUUGGGGAUGCUUUGAUGAGUUUAACAGAUUGGAGGAAAGAAUGUUAUCUGCUUGCUCACAACAAAUUCAAACAAUUCAGGAAGCACUCAAGUCGCAAGCUGAAACUAAAGGAACCAUUUCCGUUGAAUUAGUUGGAAAACAAGUUCGUGUAAGUCCUGACAUGGCUAUAUUCAUCACAAUGAAUCCUGGAUACGCAGGUCGAUCAAAUCUACCAGAUAACUUGAAGAAACUCUUCCGUUCAUUGGCUAUGACAACACCAGAUCGUCAAUUAAUUGCUGAAGUUAUGUUGUUCUCACAAGGUUUCAGAACAGCUGAAAAAUUAGCAUGUAAAAUUGUUCCAUUCUUUAAACUUUGUGACGAACAGUUGAGCAAUCAAUCGCAUUAUGAUUUCGGAUUGAGAGCAUUAAAAUCUGUUUUGGUAUCAGCUGGUAAUGUCAAGAGAGAUCGUAUAAUGAAGAUUAAGGAAAAUAUGCGUCAAUCUGGACAAGAAAAUAUCAAUGAAGGAACAAUUGCUGAGAAUCUUCCAGAACAAGAGAUUUUAAUUCAAUCAGUUUGUGAGACAAUGGUUCCAAAAUUAGUCGCUGAAGAUAUUCCAUUGCUAUUCUCAUUACUUAAUGAUGUUUUCCCGAAUGUUGGAUAUACAAGAGCUGAAAUGAAGGGAUUAAAAGAUGAAAUUAAGAAAGUUUGUGCUGAAGAAUAUCUCGUCACAGGCGAAGGCGAUGAACAAGGAGCUCAUUGGAUGGAAAAGGUUCUUCAAUUGUAUCAAGUAUCAGUCAUUUCUCAUGGUUUAAUGAUGGUUGGACCUAGUGGAAGUGGAAAAUCUACAGCAUGGAAAGUUCUAUUGAAAGCAUUAGAACGAUAUGAAGGUCUCGAAGGCGUAGCUCAUGUUAUUGAUCCAAAAGCCAUCUCAAAAGAAACACUUUAUGGCGUUUUAGAUCCAAAUACUCGUGAAUGGACAGACGGUCUUUUUACUCACAUUUUAAGAAAAAUUAUUGACAAUGUUCGUGGAGAAAUUAAUAAGCGCCAAUGGAUCAUUUUUGACGGUGAUGUCGAUCCAGAAUGGGUUGAAAACUUGAACUCUGUCUUAGAUGACAAUAAAUUGUUGACUUUACCAAAUGGUGAACGUUUAUCAUUGCCACCAAAUGUUCGAGUUAUGUUUGAAGUUCAAGACUUGAAAUAUGCGACUUUAGCUACAGUUUCACGUUGUGGAAUGGUCUGGUUUAGUGAGGAUGUAUUGAGUACGGAAAUGGUAUUUGAAAACUAUUUUGCACGCAUUAGAAGCAUUCCAUUAGAAGAAGGCGAAGAUGAUAGCUUUAUUCAGCCAGCAUCAAAAGGAAAUCAAGAGAAAGAAGAAGAAUUAUCGCCAGCAUUACAGACACAGAGAGAAAUUGCUGCACUUUUACAUCCAUUCUUCUCAGCUGAUGGUUUAGUUGUUCGUUGUUUAGAAUAUGCAUUAACACAGGAACACAUUAUGGAUUUCACACGUCUUCGUGCACUUGGAUCACUUUUCUCGAUGCUUAAUCAAGGAAUUCGUAAUAUUUUGACUUAUAAUCAACAACAUCCAGAUUUCCCACUUCCAUAUGAAAAGUUGGAACAAUAUAUUCCAAAACAUUUAAUUUAUUCAGUACUUUGGUCAUUAACUGGUGAUGCUAAAUUAAAGGCACGAAUUGAUAUGGGAGAUUUCAUUAGAUCAGUCACAACAGUUCCAUUACCACCAUCCCAAAGUGGAUAUCCAAUUAUUGAUUAUGAAGUCACGAUUCAAGGAGAAUGGGCACCUUGGUCUAAUAAAGUGCCAGUUAUUGAAGUCGAAACUCAUAAAGUUGCAGCACCUGAUGUUGUUGUUCCUACUUUAGAUACAGUUCGUCAUGAAUCGCUUCUUUAUACAUGGCUUGCUGAACAUAAACCAUUAGUUCUUUGUGGACCUCCUGGUUCUGGUAAAACGAUGACAUUAUUCUCAGCUUUACGUGCUCUUCCUGAUAUGGAAGUUGUUGGUCUUAAUUUUUCGUCUGCAACAACGCCAGAGCUUUUAUUAAAGACAUUCGAUCAUUAUUGUGAAUAUAGAAAGACUCCAAAUGGAGUUAUCUUAGCUCCAGUACAGAUUGGAAAAUGGCUUGUCUUGUUCUGCGAUGAAAUUAAUUUACCAGACAUGGAUUCUUAUGGAACUCAAAGAGUAAUUUCAUUCUUAAGACAACUUGUUGAACAUAAAGGAUUUUAUCGUGCAUCAGAUCAAAGCUUUGUUAGCCUUGAAAGAAUUCAAUUUGUUGGUGCUUGUAAUCCUCCAACAGAUCCAGGUCGUAAGCCAUUAUCACAUCGUUUCUUACGUCAUGUUCCAAUUAUUUAUGUCGAUUAUCCAGGCGAGACUUCAUUAAAGCAAAUUUAUGGAACAUUCUCUAGAGCAAUGUUAAGAAUGAUGCCUAGCUUGAGAGGAUAUGCUGAGCCAUUAACAAAUGCUAUGGUUGAUUUCUAUUUAGCAUCACAAGAUCGUUUUACACAAGAUAUGCAGCCACAUUAUGUUUAUUCACCACGUGAAAUGACUCGAUGGGUUCGUGGUAUUUGUGAAGCUAUUCGUCCACUUGAUAAUUUACCAAUUGAAGGAUUAGUAAGAUUGUGGGCUCACGAAGCAUUAAGAUUAUUCCAAGAUCGUCUUGUUGAAGAGUCUGAAAGACGUUGGACAAAUGAGAAUAUUGAUAUAGUCGGCAUGAAGCACUUCCCAUCAAUUGAUCGUGAAAAGGCACUAGAAAGACCAAUUUUGUACUCAAAUUGGUUAUCAAAGGAUUAUGUUCCAGUUAAUCGACAAGAAUUGAGAGAUUAUGUUAAGGCACGAUUGAAAGUUUUCUAUGAAGAAGAAUUGGACGUUCCAUUAGUACUUUUUGAUGAAGUAUUAGAGCACGUCUUGAGAAUUGAUCGAAUCUUUAGACAGCCACAAGGACAUUUACUUCUUAUUGGAGUAUCUGGUGCUGGAAAGACAACUCUUAGUAAGUUUGUGGCAUGGAUGAAUGGAUUAAGUAUCUUCCAAAUUAAAGUUCAUAAUAAAUACACUGGAAAUGACUUUGAUGAAGAUUUAAGAACAGUUUUAAGGAGAUCUGGAUGUAAGGAUGAAAAGAUUUGUUUCAUUCUUGAUGAAUCGAAUGUACUUGAAUCGGGAUUCUUAGAAAGAAUGAAUACUUUACUUGCUAAUGGUGAAGUUCCUGGAUUGUUUGAAGGAGAUGAGUUUACAACAUUAAUGACACAAUGUAAGGAAGGUGCACAACGUGAAGGAUUAAUGCUUGAUUCAGUUGAUGAAUUGUAUAAAUGGUUUACUCAACAAGUUAUGAGAAAUCUUCAUGUUGUCUUUACAAUGAAUCCUAGUACGGAUGGACUUAAAGAUCGUGCAGCUACAUCUCCUGCUUUGUUCAAUCGUUGUGUGCUUAACUGGUUUGGCGAUUGGUCUGAUUCUGCAUUAUUCCAAGUUGCUAAAGAAUUCACAUUGCGUAUGGAUCUUGAAAGAAACAAUUGGAUGAUUCCCGAUUUCUUCCCAUCAGUUUGUACAUUAGUUCCAGCUAAUCCAUCACAUCGUGAUGCUGUCAUUAAUUCGUGUGUCUAUGUCCAUCAAACUCUACAUCGUGCAAAUUCACGUUUAACAAAGAGAGGAUCACGAACAAUGGCAAUUACGCCACGUCACUUCCUCGAUUUUAUUCAUCACUUUGUCAAGUUGUAUGGCGAAAAGAGAAGUGAUUUAGAGGAGCAACAGUUGCAUCUUAAUGUCGGUCUGAACAAGAUUGCUGAGACUGUCGAACAAGUUGAAGAUUUGCAGAAAUCACUUGCUGUUAAGAAGGAAGAAUUACAGCAGAAGAAUGAUGCUGCCAACUCGAAAUUGAAGCAAAUGUUUAAGGAUCAACAGGAAGCAGAAAAGAAGAAAGUUCAAUCACAAGAAAUUCAGCAACAAUUGGCUGAACAAACAGUUAAAAUUGAAGAAAAGAGAAAGUCAGUUAUGGCUGAUUUAGCUUUAGUAGAACCAGCAGUUAUUGAUGCACAGCAAGCCGUCAGUGGUAUAAAGAAGAAGCAAUUAGCUGAAGUUCGCUCAAUGGCGAAUCCACCACAAGUUGUUAAAUUAGCCUGUGAAUCAAUAUGCUUAUUAUUGGGAGACAAUGCUAUCGAUUGGAAGCAAAUUCGUGGCGUUCUUGUUAAGGACUCUUUUAUAUCAAAUAUUGUCAACUUUGACACUCAAAGAAUUACCUAUGGACAAAACUUUUAUAAAUCAAAAUUAUUAAGGACAUCUGUAAAGUCCAUUAAAAAACAGCAUCUUGUUGAAGUUCGUUCGAUGGCAAAUCCACCAGCGAUUGUAAAAUUAGCACUGGAAUCAAUCUGUCUACUGUUGGGCGAAAAUGCUUCUGACUGGAAAUCUAUUCGUGCUGUUAUUAUGCGCGAAAAUUUCAUUAACUCUAUUGUGUCUAACUUUAGCACUGAAGAUAUCACUGAUGAUGUUCGUGAAAAGAUGAAGAAUCGAUAUUUGAGCAAUCCUGAUUACAACUUUGAAAAAGUCAACAGAGCAUCUAUGGCUUGCGGACCUAUGGUUAAAUGGGCUAUUGCUCAGGUCGAAUAUGCUGACAUGUUGAAGCGCGUUGAGCCACUUCGUGAUGAGCUGAGUUCAUUGGAAAGACAAGCAGACCUGAAUAUCAAGCAUGGACAGGAAGUCAAGGAUUUAGUUUCUCAAUUGGAACAAUCCAUUGGGGCAUACAAGGAAGAAUAUGCUCAACUCAUUUCUCAAGCACAAGCUAUUAAGGCUGAUUUGGAGAACGUUCAAGCUAAAGUCGAUAGAUCAAUUGCUUUAUUAAAGAGUUUAGUCAUCGAAAGAGAAAGAUGGGAAGCUACAAGUGAAACAUUCAAGUCACAAAUGUCUACGAUUAUUGGAGAUACUUUAUUGUCAGCUGCAUUUAUUGCUUAUGGUGGAUACUUUGAUCAACAUUAUAGAAGCAACUUAUUCUCAACAUGGAGUCAACAUUUGACAUCUGCAAACAUACAAUAUCGUCCUGAUAUUGCUCUUACUGAAUAUCUUUCGAAUCCUGAUGAGAGAUUACGCUGGCAAGCAAAUUCAUUACCAUCUGAUGAGCUUUGCACAGAAAAUGCUAUUAUGUUGAAACGAUUUAAUAGAUAUCCACUCAUCAUUGAUCCUUCAGGUCAAGCAACAGACUUUAUUAUGAACGAGUUUAAGGAAAGAAAGAUUACAAAGACAAGCUUCUUGGACGAUUCAUUCCGUAAGAAUUUGGAAUCUGCUUUACGUUUUGGAAAUCCACUUCUCGUUCAAGAUGUCGAGAAUUAUGAUCCAAUUUUAAAUCCAGUAUUAAACAGAGAAUUGAGAAGAACUGGUGGUCGUGUAUUGAUUACUUUGGGAGAUCAAGAUAUCGAUUUAUCGCCAUCAUUUGUAAUUUUCUUGUCAACAAGAGAUCCAACGGUUGAAUUUCCACCAGACAUUUGCUCUCGUGUGACUUUUGUAAACUUUACAGUCACGAGAAGUUCAUUACAAUCGCAAUGUUUGAAUCAAGUAUUAAAGGCUGAACGUCCCGAUAUUGAUCAAAAGCGUUCAGAUUUGAUGAAAUUGCAAGGAGAAUUUAGAUUGAGACUUAGACAAUUAGAAAAGAGUCUUUUGCAGGCUUUGAAUGAUUCAAAAGGAAAGAUUUUGGAUGAUGAUUCAGUCAUUACAACUUUGGAAACACUCAAGAAAGAAGCUGCAGAUAUUGAACAGAAAGUUCAAGAAACUGACAAAGUUAUUGCUGAAAUUGAGACUGUAUCUCAACAAUAUAUGCCAUUAUCACAAGCAUGUAGUAACAUUUAUUUCACUAUGGAUUCUCUUAAUCAAAUUCACUUCCUUUAUCAAUAUUCACUUAAAAUGUUCUUGGAUAUAUUCUCGACUGUUUUAUACAAUAAUAGUCGAUUGGAAGGAAAAACUGAAUUUACAGAACGUUUAUCAAUCAUAACAAAUCACUUAUUCUCUGUUGUCUACGAAAGAGUUGCUAGAGGAAUGCUGCAUAAUGAUCGUCUUACAUUUGCAAUUUUACUCUGUCGUAUCCACUUGAAAGGAACUUCAGAACAAAAUUUGGACCAAGAAUUUAAUUUCUUCUUAAGAAAUAAGGAAGGAUUAAUAACGACAUCAGAAAGUCAACAAAUUGAUGGUGUGACAAAUGAACAAUUGGAAUCAAUAACAAGAUUAUCGACUCGUUUACCAACAUUCCGAAAAUUGAUUGAUAAGAUUGUCAGUAUGCCUGAAUUAGUAGCAUGGUUGCAACAAGGAUCUCCUGAACUGAAUGUUCCUCAAUUGUGGGAUGAAAGCAAAGCUUUAUCGCCAAUAUCUACUGCACUUCAUCAACUUUUAUUGAUUCAAGCAUUCAGACCUGAUCGCGUUGUUGCUGCAUCACAUAUUUUUGUAUCGGCUGUAAUGGGUGAGAGUUUUAUGGAACUCGCUGAAAAAGAAUUGGACUUUGGUGGAUGUGUUGAGCAACAACUUAAUUCUAAUACACCAGCACUUUUGUGUAGCGUAACAGGUUUUGAUGCUAGCGGAAGAGUUGAUGAUUUAGCAACAGAGCUUAAUAAGCAGAUAUCUUCAAUAGCUAUAGGCUCAGCUGAAGGCUUUAAUCAAGCAGAUCGUGCUAUUAAUAUGGCAUGCAAGACUGGAAAAUGGGUUAUUCUUAAAAAUGUUCAUUUAGCACCACAAUGGCUUGUUCAAUUGGAAAAGAAAUUACACUCGAUUCAAUCGCAUCCUGGAUUCCGUUUAUUCUUGACUAUGGAAAUUAAUCCAAAGGUUCCUGUCAAUCUGUUGCGUUAUGGACGAAUUUUCGUUUUUGAGCCACCUCCGGGUAUUCGUGCGAAUCUAUUGAGAACAUUCUCGACAGUACCAGCAAGUCGAAUGAUGAAAGCACCAAGUGAAAGAGCUCGAUUAUAUUUCUUAUUAGCCUGGUUCCAUGCAAUUGUGCAAGAAAGAUUGCGUUAUGUCCCAUUAGGUUGGGCAAAGAAAUAUGAAUUUAAUGAGUCAGACUUGCGUGUUGCAUGUGAUACUCUAGAUACAUGGAUAGAUUCAACUGCUAUGGGAAGAACUAAUUUGCCACCAGAAAAAGUUCCAUGGGAUGCACUCGUUACUUUAUUAUCUCAAUCAAUUUAUGGUGGAAAAAUUGAUAAUGACUUUGAUCAACGUUUAUUAUCGUCAUUCUUAUCAAAACUGUUUACAGCACAUAGUUUUGAAGCUGAUUUUGCAUUAGUUGCAAAUGUUGAUGCCGCAAAUGGUCAAAGACAUAUUACAAUGCCUGAUGGAACACGUCGUGAUCAUUUCUUGAAAUGGAUUGAAGGACUAGCUGAUCGUCAAACACCAUCAUGGCUCGGACUUCCAAAUAAUGCUGAGAAAGUUUUACUUACAACUCGUGGAACUGAUUUGAUCAGUAAAUUAUUAAAAAUGCAACAACUUGAAGAUGAUGAUGAAUUGGCAUACAGUACACAACAAGAUGAAUUGCUUGAUAAAUCGGGUGCAAGUUCAUUGAAGGCACAAGAAGAUGGAAGACCAUCAUGGAUGAAAGUUCUACAUAAUAGUGCUUUAACUUGGCUUGAAUUAUUGCCAAAGAGCUUGAAUACAUUGAGAAGAACUGUUGAGAAUAUUAAAGAUCCACUUUAUCGCUACUUUGAACGCGAAGUUUCUUCUGGUGCUAAAUUAUUGCAAACUGUUGUCAGUGACUUGCAAGAUGUCUUGUUUAUUUGUCAAGGCGAGAAGAAGCAAACUAAUUAUCAUCGUCAAAUGCUGAGCGAAUUAGUACGAGGAAUAUUGCCCAAGAGCUGGAGACGAUAUACAGUUCCAAUCGGUUGCACAGUCAUUCAAUGGAUCACAGACUUUUCUCAGCGUGUCCAACAAUUGCAGAAAGUAUCAAGCUUAGUUUCACAGGCUGGCGCUAAAGAAUUACAGAGUUUCCCAGUUUGGCUUGGUGGGCUUUUCAAUCCUGAAGCUUACAUCACAGCUACUCGUCAAUGCAUUGCUCAAGCAAAUAGCUGGCCAUUAGAAGAACUUAUGCUUGAUGUUACAAUUACAACGGAAACGGAUGGUGGACAAUAUAAGGAUAGUAGUUUCGGUGUUGUUGGAUUGAAAUUGCAAGGAGCUCAAUGCAAAAAUAAUCAAUUGCUGCUUACAUCUACAAUUAUGAUGGAUCUUCCACUGACUCUUUUGAGAUGGAUUCGAAUUACGUCUGAAAAUGUUAAUUCUGGAAAACUUACAUUGCCUGUCUACUUGAAUUCUACAAGAUCAGAACUUCUUUUCACGGUUGACUUGUCAAUUUGUCAUGGACAGGAUCCACACAGCUUCUAUGAACGUGGAGUUGCCGUUCUCACAUCAACUGCUUUAAACUAAACUACUUAUCCUAUGCUUCAUUAUUGUACUCAAAAUUAUAUUAUUCUGAAAAUUAAUCACACAAUAAAACUAUAUAUCGCACUUUGAUUAACGAUCACAAUAGACAAUUUUGCUUUAUUUUACUUCCAUGGAUGUUUGAUUGAACUUUUAGGUUACAGAAUUAAUUAAUUAAAUUUACAAGACAAUUAAGAUAGCAAAAAAUAUGACAAAUAACGUAUUAAAAACUUUAAUUGAAGCAGCUCCUGAUGUUAAUGGCGAUGCAUGGGGUCCAUCCUUGUUGACUGGCUUUUUGCAUGAUGCUACAUUUUUUUCAGGAGAUUCGCUGCAUGUACAUAUAUAAUUGUUGCAAUACAAUUGAAUCUUAUCGCUGAAGCAAUCGUUGUGAUCAAAGCAUGUAUCUCCAACAAAAGCAGUUCUACGGCAUGAAAUAGCUCCUUCUUUUUCAGUUACAGCAUAAUUGCUCAUGCAUGAACAAAUACCUUUUUUGCAAGUAGCACCAUGACUAUACUUCAUAAAGCAUUGGUCUGUUUCUUCACAUGUUUCAUUGUAUGCGCGGAAUGGAAGGCAAGUCUAUAGUCUAAUGAGUUGAUGAAUCCCUUAUUACAAAUACACUUGCUUUCAAAACAUUCAGCAUGUUCUGGGCAUUGUUCGUCUUUUGUGCAUUUAUCAGAUUGAAUAAUGGGUCGACAAGCAUGUUCAACCUCCAUAUAAUGAUUCUUACAAACACAGACUUCAUUAAUACAUUCAGAGUUCCAUUCAUUACGAUUACAUUGCAAAUUUUCUUCACAUGCUUUUCCCAAUUGAACAACUUUGGUACGACACAUUCCAAUUCUGAAUUCAGUAUUUGGUGCUUUACAUUUGGUUGCUUUAACAUCUUCAUUUUCAACACUUUCAACGGUCGGUGAACAAUCUGCCCAUGUAGAAUCCUUCCUAUUUUGACAAAUGCAGGCAUCAUCAGCACAUUGAGAAUAUAUAAACUUGUUCUCGAAUGAUUUGCAAUCUUCAUCAGUAGUGCAUGUCAACUCCAUCGUUUCUUUUUAAGGUUGAAAAUUUUCAAUGAAAAUCAUCGAAAUUGAUAAUAUUUAUAAUAUAAUUCACUUACCAUCACAAUAUACAGUGGAAAUAAGUAUAUUCCCGAUAAUUAAAAUAAUUAAUUGCUUUAAAAAGGCAUUCAUUUUGAAUAAAAUUAAGAGCUUCAAUAAAAGUGUGACUGAUAACUUUAGCG